UCUGCCUUGAACUUCACCUCACCUACUCCGCGACUUCACAACUUCGUUCGCCCUCUACCGGAUGCUACGAUAAACAUCAAUAGCCCGCGAGGACGAACUGUCUCCUCUACACCUCCACAAUGGCCUCUCCCAAACCCUCGCAAGCGCUCAGCAAGCGCGAUAACACCACCGCCCUCAUGGGCCCUCCACCAGUGCCAAAACGCCGCAAACGCCCCGCCACCGUCCUGGACGAAGAUUUGUACACCGACGCCCUCUCGCACAUCAUUGCGCGCGACUUCUUCCCCGGACUCCUAGAAACCAAAGCCCAGCAGGAAUACCUUGAUGCGCUGGACUCACAAGACUCAGCCUGGAUCGCCACCGCGGGCCGCAAGCUAACGGACCUUAUGGGCGAAGACGGACGAAAGGUGCGGGGACGUCGCGGGACAAGCAUGACUCCGAGCAUGACGCCCAUGCGGCACCUGGGAAGAGAUGGGAGUGAGACACCGCGGGCGUGGGGUAGCGCAGAGACGCCUGUGUCCGUCGCGGGGUCGGAGUUCGGGGGGUCUGAAUACAGCGAUGGGGAGAGGAAGCAAGAGGUGGAUCUGAAUCUGAGCUUGACCGCGUUCCAGGCCAAAUACACGUCGGAGGACAACGAGAGCUUCAACAAACUGCUCGACCGCGAGAAUGCGCGCAAGUCGGAGAAGUACGCGUGGGCGUACAACGGCAACAAGAUCCUCGCCAGCCGCCAGGUGAUGCACCGCGAGCGUGAAGCCGCCAAACAGCUCGAGGCGGGCGAGGCUGCACGGCUCGCUGAGAAGGACAACGAGGCUGCCUCGUCGGUACUUAAGACGCAUCGCCUCGUUACGCCCCUUGAUGCCCGCCCUGCGAUGCCAACCUCUGCGCCGUAUCGACCGAAGAACGCGCUCAUGUUCCCUCCGGACUCUGUCGAAGAGACUCACACCACCGCAGCCAUGAAAGCGGAAUCAGCGUCUAUGGCACCCCCCAAGACCGUCCUGCACGCAAACACCCGCUUCCCCGGCCCCUUGCUCGACCCCUACCGCCCCGAAGACCCGCCCUCGCCAACGCUCUCCGCCGUACAAGACGCCAUCGCAGGCCGCCCGCGCCCAACGGAAAGCGAAGCGGGCUACACCGGCGCCGAGACACCGCGGGUGGGCGGGUACGCGUUCGUAGACGCCGAGCCCGACGAACCACCGCCGCUCGAUCUCCUACGCGGCUACGGCGAGCAAACUCCCAGAGGCACAUUCGAGAUCUCAGACAUCGGCCGCCGCGAGAAGCUGCACGAUAAGAUGGUUGAGCGGCUCGGCAGGGGAAAGAGGGAGGGUAGUGUUGCGAGUUCUUCUAGCUCGAUGAUCUCGAGCAUCAAGGGCGGGCCGACGCCGCGGUUCCUCAGUGCGCCGAGCAAGGCGAGGGGGAACCUGACGCCGGCGGCGUUGAGGCUGUUUGAGAGGGUGGGCACGCCGAGGCGGGAGGGGCCGGGGAGUGCGUUUGGAGGCGCGAUGGGGGAGAAGAGGGAGAGUAGGAGCGAGUGGGAGCCGACGCCGAAGAGGGGAGAUGGGGGCGGGGCGUUUGGGGGUGGUGUGGGGAAGAGUUCAUGGACGCCGACGCCGCGGGUGAAGAGGAUGAUUGGGUGAAAGGACCUCGAAAAGGCGCUUCACAAGCAAGGUAUGUUGCUUUCUUCUUCUGCAUGCACGGCACAGGCGGUUCUUUUCUUUCUUGAAUUCAUUCGGAAUGGCUGAGCUGCGAAUGGCGGAUGGCUGGAUUAUAUGGCUGGCUCUCCGAUAUGGCUGAUGGAGAUGCACUGAGCAUUCGCGGUUGAAGGAAUCAAUCCUUCAAAUUUUUGAGGAGACAUGGGCGUCGGGUAUUACGAGAUGAGCGAACCCGUUGGAAGUGCUCCUGGGUUCUGGGCUCUGCCCUUGGGCGAUGUUGUCAAUACGGAGGACGUCGGGAUGAACUGUUCGGGCACGUGCACCAUGGCUGGGGCAAGGAAAUAGACAUUGAAUGAAAGCUCAGAAAGGGCAAGUCUUGGCAGUACUGAGAAAGUGUUGAAGCUAGAAUGUGGCAAGACCUGU